AAACAGCAAUUGGAAAAGGAGCAUUGUGUCACACCAGGAUGUCUAUGAAAUGGGUCUCAGUUCCUCUGCUGAUACAGCUGAGUUGUUACUUUAGCUCUGGGAGUUGUGGAAAGGUUCUGGUGUGGCCCACAGAAUACAGCCAUUGGUUGAAUAUGAAGACAAUCCUGGAUGAACUCGUCCAGAGAGGUCAUGAGGUGACUGUAUUGGCUUCUUCAAUUUCCAUUCUUGUUGAUCCCAACAAAUCAUCCACUAUUAAAUUUGAAGUUUAUCCUACCUCACUAACUAAAAAUGAUUAUAAGAAUACUAUCACGAGAGUGAUCAAUUUGUGGACACAUGCUCCAAAAGACACAUUUUGGUCAUUUUUUUCACAAGUACAAGAAAUCAUGUGGGAUUUUUCUAAUGUAUUUAAAAAGCUCUGUGAAGAUACAGUUUUAAAUAAGAAACUCAUGAGAAAACUACAAGAAGCAAGGUUUGAUGUCCUUCUUGCAGAUACCAUUGGUCCCGGUGGUGAACUGCUGGCUGAACUACUUAAAAUACCCUUUGUGUACAGUCUUCGCUUCUCUCCUGGCUACGUACUUGAGAAGUAUGGUGGAGGACUUCUGUUCCCUCCUUCCUAUGUACCUAUUAUUCUGUCAGAAUUAAGUGAUCAAAUGACAUUCAUGGAGAGGAUAAAAAAUAUGAUAUAUGUGCUUUAUUUUGGCUUUUGGUUUCAAACUUUUGACAUGAUGAAAUGGGAUCAGUUUUACAGUGAAGUACUAGGAAGACCCACUACAUUAUUGGAGACAAUGGGGAAAGCUGAAAUGUGGCCCAUUCGAACCUAUUGGGAUUUUGAAUAUCCUCGCCCUCUCUUACCAAAUUUUGAUUUUGUUGGAGGACUCCACUGCAAACCUGCCAAAGCCCUGUCUAAGGAAAUGGAAGACUUUGUCCAGAGCUCUGGAGAAAAUGGUAUUGUGGUGUUUUCUCUGGGGUCAAUGGUCAGUGACAUGACAGAAGAAAGGGUCAAUGUGAUUGCUUCAGCCCUUGCCCAGAUCCCACAAAAGGUUCUAUGGAGAUUCAAUGGCAAGAAACCAGACACUUUAGGUCCCAAUACACGGCUGUACAAGUGGAUACCCCAGAAUGACCUUCUUGGUCAUCCAAAAACUAAAGCGUUUAUAACCCACGGUGGAACCAAUGGCAUCUAUGAGGCAAUCUAUCAUGGAAUCCCUAUGGUGGGGCUUCCUCUGUUUGCGGAUCAACCUGAUAACAUGGCUCACAUGAAGACCAAGGGAGUAGCCAUUAGCUUGGACUACCACACAAUGUCAAGUACAGAUUUGCUCAAUGCAGUGAAGACAGUAAUUCAUAAUCCUUUAUAUAAAGAGAAUGCUAUGAAAUUGUCAGAAAUUCAACAUGAUCAGCCAAUGAAGCCCCUGGAUCGAGCAGCGUUCUGGAUCGAGUUUGUCAUGCGCCACAAAGGAGCCAAACAUCUUCGGGUUGCAGCCCACGACCUCAACUGGUUUCAGUACUACUCUUUGGAUGUGAUUGGGUUCCUGCUGGCCUGUGUGGCUACUGUGAUCUUCACCGUCACAAAAUGUUGCUUGUUUUUUUUCCAGAAAUUUGCUAAAACAGAGAGGAAGGGGAAAAAGGAUUAA